AUAUACAACAAAUGCAUUUGUGGUCUAUUGUUGGACAAAACCAAGAUUGUGAGCACUCAUCACCACAAUUAUCUCGUAAAAGCAGAUCUGGUCUUGAAGUUAGAAUCGGGACAAAUCGUGACAUCGGGUUCACCCGAAUCUGUCCUUAAAUUCAAAGACAAAUCCAAAAAAGAAGAAAAGAAAUGCGACGAAGACUUGACUACAAUUGAGGACAACAUUGAAAAUGAGUUAAAACUUAAAGAAGAAGAGAGGGAAGAGGGGGUCGUUAAACUCGAUGUGGCCCGCGUCUUGUUCUUUGAUUUGACUGCUUUCGGCAGAAUUAUCAAUAGAUUCUCGUCCGAUGUGUUCAAUGUUGACGACGGCCUUCCCUUUACGCUGAAUAUAUUCUUGAGCCAAAUGUAUAGUUUGUUGGCCUCAUUACUCAUUACACGCUAUUAUCGAUGGACUUCUAGGGAACUGAAAAGACUUAGCGCAGUUUCUUUGUCUCCUAUAUAUACGCAGUUGGACGAAACUCUUCAAGGAUUAGUUACUAUCAGAGCAUUUGCCAACACUAAUAGGUUUAUGCGUGAAAUGUACCGAAAAUUAGACGUGAAUAAUAAGAUUCAGUACUCGAGUGGUGCUGUCGGCCAAUGGCUUAAUCUUCGGUUACAAUUGUUAGGGAAUCUUAUCUCCUCCGGUGUGGCACUGCUCGCAGUGGGCCUUCAUUUUUGGUUACAUCAGACACUAGACUCGGGUUUAGUUGGAUUAGCGCUCGUCUAUUCACUGUCGGUCACUGGCCUUUUGAAUGGUGCCGUCCAAUCAUUCACACAGACAGAGAUGGAUAUGAUUGUGAAGACCGACAAACUGUAG